AUGUCGCGCUCCGAGGGAGUCGUGUUACUCCGGCGACUUUUCUAUGAGUGCUAUCAACACACACCCGCAUCCUGCCGACCGGAGCCGGAUCUUCUUGGUGUCCAUUCCCUGAAGGUCACCCUUCUCAGCUAUGGGCGCCAACUUCUCAUUCGUGAGGAUCUACAGCGUCAGCAGGGUCAUCACCGAGCUUCCAUUGCCGGCAUGUCCGAUCUCUAUGGUCGUGACGACGUGGCUGGCCCCUUGGAGUUUCAACGCCAGGUGGUUGGGGCUGUUCUUGAGGGCUUUCGCCCACGCCGCCCCCGCUUGAGGGGCGGGCUUCCGCCUACUGCUGACAUUGACAUCCAGCUGCCUACGGUGCCAGGUACAUCAGACAUGCCCUCAAUUGAGUCCAACCCUCUUCCUCUACCCGAGCAGGACACUUCAAGCGGCUCCGAUGACGAGGUUGCCGCCCCCGCGUCGCCAAUUCCACUGCCUCCACCUACUCAGGAGCUGCCAGAGGCUGUUGCGGAGGCUCUCUCGAUGACGUUGGAGCCUUUGCCACCUGAUGCUUCUUCUUCAUCUGGUGUGGCUGAGGAUUGGACUGAGGUUCAUGGUCCAGCGGACGAAUACUUCUUCCUGCUGAAUGGUGAAAGUUGCCCACCUGCAGAGAUCCUUCCGAGCAGGGUGUAG